AUGUCUCGCUACGCUGAAGUUCACGCCAAGCCCCAAGGUCCUGGUGACGCAAGACCUACAGCACUUCAAAUCGUCAAAGAUGAAGACCUUCUUGGCAAACUCAAAGGCACGGUCGUACUCAUCACAGGCGGCAACCAAGGUAUCGGCCUCGAAACCGCCCGAGCUCUUCACGCAACUGGAGCAACGGUUUAUAUCACCGCAAGAUCUCCAGAGAAGAUUGAUCAGGGCAUCAACGAUAUCAUGUCAUGGCCUGAAGCAAAGUCGGAGGCACCUGUAUACGGAAUCGAACUUAGGCUUGACUCGUUCAAGUCCGUACGAGCCGCUGCCGAAGACUUCCUGGCCAAGGCUGAUAAGCUGAACAUUCUUAUCCUCAACGCAGGAGUCAUGGCUACUCCUGAGGGUAGAACCGAGGAGGGCUUCGAGACCCAGUUUGGAACAAACCAUCUUGGACACUUUCUUCUGUUCCAACUUCUCAAGCCAGCUCUUCUGGCAGCCAUCACGCCUUCUUUCCAAUCACGUGUCAUCUCCGUCGCGUCAAAGGCUCACCGCUUUGGUGGUAUACGCUGGGAUGACUUCAACUUCGAGAAGGAAGCUUACAACCCUUGGCUCGCAUAUGCUCAAUCCAAAACGGCGAAUAUCUACUUCGCGACCGAGCUUGACAGACGGUAUGCCGAUCAAGGCCUUCACGGCUUGUCGGUGCAUCCUGGGUAUAUACUUACCAACCUGGGGAAAUAUGUUGAUCUGAGCACGAUUGACUUGGAUGGGCCUAUCAAGAAUGCUUUGAGGAACAAAGCUCAAGGCGCUUCUACGACUGUUUAUGCGGCAGUUAGUAAGGAAUGGGAGGGUCGUGGCGGGAAGUAUCUGGCUGAUUUCGUGGAGGAAAGACUGGUGAGGCCGGGUGUAGAGCCGACGUCGCCUGAGCUUGGACAUGCUGCAUGGAUCUAUGACGAGGAGGAAGAACGAAAACUCUGGGAGCUGUCGGAGAGGCUCGUUGGAUUGCAUACUUCCCAGGAAUACUAA